AUACAUGACACAGUACGGAUUGGAUGGUUUGGGGAAGCUCCAGUGGAUGCAGUACCCCUAGCGCUGCUCCGAUAGGCUCCUUAUCGCCAAAGUGACGUAGCGUCUGAGAAUGCGCCUACCAAAAAUUAGUUUUCAUCCGAGAAGCCGAACCCCUAGUAAACAGAUCCGAGUAAACAUCAACAUGAGAUCUAUGGUGCCGAUUCAACGACUGGCCGCCGUCCGGGGCAUCUCCGGCGUCGCGGGACUGGCUGGCCUCACUGCCACCGGCACUUCCACUCGACCACAACGACCUUUCCACCUCACCACAACAGGUACCCAGCCACGACGACGCACCUUCUUCACCUCCAACGGCCUCCUAGCACAAAAUGGCAACGAGCCCUCGCGACCCUCUUCGUCUCCCUCCACCACCACCCAGAAGCAGCCCUCUCCUACCGACGAUGCCACGACAUCUCAACAACAGAAAUCCUCCGCUGCCCAGAAGCGCAAGCUCCCGCUCAAAAACUCCCUCCACCGCGUCGCCAUCGUCGCCCAAAAGGGCGUCCCCGCCAAGUCCACUCCCGCCGGCGCCGUCCCCUCACACACCAUCGAGCCCGACGGCCGCUCGACCAUCUCCGCCGUCUGCGUCGCCGAGUCCUUCGACAUGGACGCCGUCGUCUCCCUUUUGACCAGCCACAACUUCUCUCUCGACCCCGACGCCACCGGCUUCGACAUCCACGAAGUCGUGCACGCCCGCGGGCUCAACCACGGGGACAUCUUCGUCUUUCCCUCGGGAACCAUCGUGACCUGGGCUUUACCUCCGGACGUCGUGGACACGCUCGCUACACGCUUACUUAUCCCCGCCGCCGAAACCCCCUUUGUCGAAAACAAGGAGGAAGAAGACCUCGAGUUCACCACCGAUCCGUCGGAGGAACAAAGUAAAGUCUCGGGGGACGUGGUCGUGCUCGGCACGCUCCGCGAAGUCUCAGCCGGCGACCGGCUCGACACGACCCUCGCCAAAAUCGCUUUUUCUUCGGGUCUGGCGCGUUCAACAAAACUCGCCGUGCUCGAAUCCAGCCUGACGCGUUACCUCGAAAGCACGCGCCACAUUCCCGAUCGCCUCUCCCAGGGGCUCAAGGCCCCGCUCUCACGGGAGCUGAUCCUCCAAAAAACAGGCGAACUGCUUAAUCUCCGCAGCCAACUGAACCACUACAACGACCUAACCGACGCGUUGCCGGAUAUCUUCUGGGACAGCGAGGAAAAACUAGAAACCUACUACAGCAAGAUUGGCAAAGCUUUGGAUGUCGGGGUGCGGAUCAAGACGCUGAAUGACAAGAUGACGUAUGCGCAGGAGGUCGUGAAAGUCGCGCAGGAGGUGUUGGAUAUUUCUGAAAAAAUGUCGAGUGAGAAACAUAGCACCAGGCUGGAGUGGAUUAUUAUUAUAUUGAUUGCGAUUGAGGUGGUGUUUGAGCUGAGGAGGCUGUGGAUGGAGAGGUUUGAGACGCAUGAGGAUGAUGUGUUGAGGGAACUAAGAAGGAUUGGGGAUGAGUUGGAGGGGUUGAAGGGUGGGAAUAAGGCUGACGGUUCGUCAUCGAAGUGAGAUGAUGGUUGAUUCGGUCCAGGUUUAAUGGUAAAGGACGGGGGGGAGGAUGGAUGGAUGGAUGGGAAUAAAAGGGAUGAAUGAUAGAGAUAGAGAGGGAAAGAUGGUCACCAAAUGAUACCCAACUCAUAUGCUGCUGCUACAUAAACCAGAUAGAUCAGAUAGAUAAACAAGAGUGAAAUUGAAUGUU